AAGAAAGAGAAAACCGCACUGUGACUCCCGAUGUGCAGUCCUUAAGAUUAACGUUUUUUUUAUAUAUAUAUUUUAUUUCUUCCGCGAAGAAACCUCCAGUUUUUCUAUUUUUCGAAAAGUAACGCGUCUACCUCAGUUUUAAGGAUUUUUUUGAACCAACCGUUGGCGUUUACAACCGUUUUCUCUGCCUGCAGGGCUUGUUUUGUACCCUUUUUUUGCACUCGUCACAGCGACCCGUUGAGCGAUGUCCAGCCAGUGUCUGCUGUCCCGCAGAUGAUCCAUGACCACACCUCAUUGAUGCACUUUAGCACCUUUCCGACGCCUUCCCCCAGCCGUGAACCCCGCAGCUGAUGACCAAAGUGCGCGCCACACCUCUCCGCCGUCGCCCCGAGCCACGCGCCUCCCCCCAGCCCCUCCCUCAGCCUCACGCCCCCGCGGGACGUCCCGGGAUGUUCCAGAGGUUCGCCAGCGCUCUGUUCGGGGACGACGCGGAGGAGCUGAGUCGAUGCGGCGGGCCUGGAGACGGCCGGGAGGACGAGGAGGAGGAGGACGAUGAUGAAGACUGGAUCCUGGUCAACUACCUGGCUGAAGCCUGCUCGGCUCAGUGUGGCGACGGCCGCUCUGGAUCCACCGUUAGUCCUGAGGAGGAGGAGGAGGAGGAGGAAGACAUGGUGAUGGUCCCCUCCCCCAUGGCCAGCCCCGCCAUCCGCUACUCCUCCUGCAUCUCCCUCAACUCCACGGCCGACAACGACCCGGACGGAGGGGCAGAGGAGGAGGAGGAGGAGGACGAUGAAGAAGAAGAAGGGGACAGCAGCUUCCUCCGUCUGGAUGCCGGCUCUCUGGAGGAGAGCUGGUUCGUCACGCCCCCGCCGUGCUUCACCGGGCGCGGCAGCCAGCCGGGCCUCCUGGAGACCAGCCCUCUGGAGAACCUGCUGAUCGAGCACCCCAGCAUGUCGGUCUACGCCCGCCACAGCACCCCAAGGCUCGCGCUCAGCACCCUGCCGCGCUCCCUGGACCUGGACCUGGGCCUGGGCUUGGGCUUGGACCUGGACCUGGGCUUGGACCUGGACCUGGGCUUGGACCUGGACCUGGGCUUGCUGCCUGAAGACGCGCCUGCCGCCUUGACUCCCUCCGCUGGGAAGGAGAAGGGCAGACGCCUUCUGGACGGCCCUCGUCACCGGCCGGAGGUUGCGGUGGUCCAGCGGCGCUCCAGCCUCCACUCGGCCUGCUACGUUGCGGCGCUCUCCGCCCGGGCCGGCCUCCUGCAGCAGCGCUCGGGUAACGCCACCCAACGCACCCAGCCGCUGUCCCGCAACGCCCUGCGGCGCCUCAACCUGCUGCGCCCGCCGAAGGCCAGCACUAAGCACCUGCACCAGCCCAGCCAGAGACACCUCAACUACUGAGGCGUCCGGAUCACCUUCAUCAUCAUCAUCAUCAUCAUCAUCCUCAACCUCCAUCCUGUAAGCAUUACGGAAAACUGACACUGGCCACCGCAAGAAAUCCACACCAGCAACAUGUCUUCAGCCAUUAGUCACGCCUCUCCGAUCUGUUCUCGCAUCUGAUUGGACGGUGAAAUAGAGAAAGUGGCUGGUGAUUUUUAUUUUAUUUUAUCAGCUCAUGUGGCCAGUGGGUGCAACGUUUCCCCCUCUUCCUUCUCUUCCUCCAUCAAUCCUUCCUCCUUCAUGUUGAUGUUGGGAAGAAAAGAAAAGAUGUUAUCGUGUGUCCCCCGACAUGUCCUCCUCCCAUCACCUUUGUUUUAUUCUCCUUCCGCUGGACCAGUUUGCGUCCAAUCACGAGAGAGGAAGAGAUUUCGCAGGGUUGUCCUCUCUUUCUCCUUCCCUUUCUUAUUCUCGUCUUCACCCAUCCAUCCUCCUUCAUA